UUAGCGAUAUUUCAGUAUAGUAUAGUUAUGUGUGUUUGGUUUAAUGAUUUUUGUAAUCGGUUACUUAAUAAUCUCAAGCCGGGAUUUUUUUCAAAAUAAAUAAACUAUUCUUUAUUACUGUCUUCAUAACAUUUACGUUUGGAAUAAUUUUCUAGUGUUUUAAUUGUAUGAUCUUUUAAUAGUUGAGUGACUUUAUUUAAUUCUUUAUGAUGGAAGCUCUAAUACCAGUGAUAAAUAAAUUGCAAGAUGUUUUCAACACUGUGGGAUCAGACUCAAUACAACUGCCACAAAUUAUAGUACUUGGAAGUCAGAGUUCAGGAAAAAGUUCAGUGAUUGAAAGUUUGGUCGGUAGAUCCUUUCUACCCAGAGGUAUUGGUAUAGUAACCAGGCGUCCACUAGUAUUGCAAUUAAUAUAUUGUCCCAAAGAUGAUAGAGAACAUAGGAGUCCCGAAGAAGGGAAUAUGAACCUGGAUGAAUGGGGAAAGUUCUUGCAUACCAAAAAUAAAGUGUUUUCUGAUUUUGAUGAAAUUCGUAAAGAAAUUGAAGAUGAGACAGAUCGAAUGGCUGGCAGUAAUAAAGGAAUAUGUCCCGAACCCAUCAGUUUGAAAAUUUUUUCUCCUAGAGUUCUUAACUUGACAUUAGUUGAUUUGCCUGGAAUUACAAAAGUACCUGUUGGAGAUCAACCAGAAGAUAUUGAAAGCCAAAUUAGAGGUUUAAUCAUUAGCUAUAUUAGCAAUCCAAAUUCAAUAAUUUUAGCAGUAACAGCUGCAAACACUGACAUGGCUACAAGUGAAAGCUUAAAAAUGGCAAAAGAUGUGGAUCCUGACGGUAGAAGAACUUUGGCAGUUGUUACAAAAUUAGAUUUGAUGGAUGCUGGGACAGAUGCUAUUGAUAUACUCUAUGGUCGUGUAAUUCCAGUUAAAUUAGGCAUUAUAGGUGUAGUCAACAGAUCUCAGCAAGAUAUCAUGGACAAAAAGUCCAUUGAAGAUUCUCUGAAAGAUGAAGCUGCUUUUCUGCAAAGAAAAUAUCCAACAAUAGCUACACGUAAUGGUACUCCUUAUUUAGCCAAAACGUUAAAUCGAAUGUUGAUGCAUCACAUUAGAGACUGUUUGCCUGACUUAAAGACCAGAGUUAAUGUUAUGGUAUCGCAGUUCCAGUCUAUCAUUAAUUCAUAUGGAGAUGAUGUAUCUGAUAAGAGCCAAACAUUAUUACAAAUAAUCACAAAGUUUGCGUCAUCAUAUUGUUCAACAAUUGAAGGAACUGCUCGUAAUAUUGAGACUACAGAAUUAUGUGGUGGUGCUCGCAUAUGCUACAUAUUUCAUGAAACAUUUGGGAGAACAUUAGACUCUAUACAUCCAUUAUCCGGUCUAACUAAAAUGGAUAUUCUUACUGCAAUCAGGAAUGCCACAGGACCAAGACCAGCACUUUUUGUUCCAGAGGUAUCAUUUGAACUAUUGGUUAAAAGGCAAAUUAGGAGAUUAGAAGAACCAAGCUUGAGAUGUGUGGAGCUUGUACAUGAAGAAAUGCAGCGAAUAAUUCAGCAUUGCGGUACAGAAGUUCAACAAGAAAUGUUGCGUUUUCCCAAACUUUAUGAGAGAAUUGUUGAUGUGGUGACUCAUUUGCUUAGACGUCGUUUGCCAACAACUAAUUCAAUGGUUGAGAAUUUAGUAGCUAUUGAAUUAGCAUAUAUAAAUACAAAGCAUCCAGAUUUUCAUAAGGAUGCAGCAUUAGUUCCAAGUUUAUUAAAAUCAAUGGAAAUGGAAGAAAUUAUGACUGGUAGACAAAAGAAAAAUAAUACUAAUCCUGCUAUGUCCCCUAACAUGACACAAAGUGCAGUUCAAGAAUCAGAUAAUAAGGUGAGUUCAACUUGGCAUUACUUACAUAAGUAUUCAGUAAUCAAUCCAGAAGCAAAUACAAAUGGAACUUCUCACUGGCUUGCUAAUAUUUUACCAUCAGGAAGAGGUGAUAGUCGUGAUCAGUCUUUAGAAAAUACUCCAACGCAUGAUUUAAAAAAUGCAACACAACAGGUUUUGAGUCCUCAAAAGCCUGUGAAUUUACUGCCAGAUGUUCCCACAACUGCUUCACGCAAACUUUCAGAAAGAGAACGAAGAGAUUGUGAUGUUAUUGAGAGGCUUAUUAAGUCAUACUUCUAUAUAGUUCGUAAAUCAAUUCAAGAUUCAGUACCGAAAGCAGUCAUGCAUUUUCUUGUUAAUUAUGUUAAAGACAAUUUACAGUCAGAAUUAGUGACACAUUUAUAUAAGUCUGAUCAAGCGGAACAAUUAUUAAAUGAAUCGGAGCAUAUAGCACAAAGAAGGAAAGAAGCUGCUGAUAUGUUGAAGGCUUUGCAGAAAGCCGGCCACAUUAUAAGCGAAAUUCGUGAGACACAUAUGUGGUGAUUUAUUGAUUUAUUAUUUAUUUAAAUAAUAGUAAAUAGAUUUAGUGAAAGUGAAUUGGAACUCCAUAUUGCACUAUAAUUCUUGUUGAUAUACAAUUUAAACAUAUAGUCAGUGUUAUGUUAUUGUUUAAAUCAAAAAUUCUAGUAUUAGUUGUAG